UUAUCAGGCUGAAGAGGAAGCGUGUUCAAAACCCUGAGACAGAACGUGUGUGCAUGGCUGACCCGCUGAAGUUCUGUAUUUUUCAAACUUCAAAAAACACAGGACAAAGACUCCUGUACCCAGAUGUUGAACCUCUGCAGUGGUUGCAGUGCCAAACCUGCAGCGGAUGGCUUCACCAGGACUGCGCUGGAGACUACAGCAAAGUCUUGGAAAAUGAUUCCUUCUGCUGUGGAUGCACAGAUUUGCCUGACAGCACUGGGUUUGGGAAGUCUGUGGAAGAGGAAGACAUUCUGUCGCUCUUUCCUGCUGAUAUGAUCAAGACACUGCAUGAGGACCUGACCACAGGGAAACUGCGCUCCAACAGGAUGUACCUGUGGCAGAACCCAAUGUCCUCAUUAACCUUGAAACAAGAUUUGAAGCUGAGGACCAUAAACUUGAGUGACCAGCGGAUUUUUCAGAUACUGAGGACCAUUGAGGAGGCCACAGGAGUGGGGUCCUUAAUCCGAAAAGGGGAGAUCCAGCUCCUGGAUUAUGUUUUUGAUGUUAUGCUCCCAGAAAUCCUGAUGAGCAUCCUGAUUAACAAGGAAAGACCAGGCUGCAGGCGGAGAUUCUGCUGCCAAAGGAGGGAUUUUUAAAUUAUGUCGCACUUAUUUUGUUGUUGUUCGGUUUUUAAGAGUUAAGUGUUCAAUUUUACUUUUUAUAAAUGUUGAGAUGUUGUUUGGUUCAGUUUACAUUCAUUUUUAAUUUACUUACAAAUAAAGUUUAUUAAAACUUG